AUGGCGCUGCUGCCCGCGCUGCUGCUGCUGCUCCUGCCCCUGGCGGCGCUGGCGGCGGCCGCGGUGCUGCUCGGCCGGCCCAGCUACGACAUCCCGCCCGGGGUGAACCAGCCGGCCAAGCUGCGCCUGGUGCUCACCCUGCUGCUCGGCACCGCCGCGCUGGGAAGGAUUUUGGAGAAGACUGGGCUUUGCAGCCAAAUCACUUUUGGCCGAUACGUGCGACAGGGGCGGAAACUAGGGUUGGAUCCAAAGCUCUUUAUCCAGGAUCUGCAGUUUAAUGAAGUACCUGUGAGGGUUUAUCAGCCUAAAGCUACCUCGGAUGGGCCAAGGAGAGGCAUCCUCUUCUUCCAUGGAGGAGGCUGGGUAUUUGGAAGCCUUGAUACCUAUGAAAAGGUGUGUCGCUACCUCUCCAGGGAGAGUGACUCAGUAGUUGUGUCUGUGCAGUACCGUUUGGCCCCUGAGCACAAAUACCCCGCUGCCUACGAAGACUGUCUGAACGCCAGCCAGCACUUCCUGCAGCACCUGCAGCACUACGGCGUGGAUCCUGCCCGGGUCACUGUCUGCGGGGACAGUGCUGGGGGCAACCUGGCAGCUGCUGUCAGCCAGACCCUGGCAGGCAGGUCAGACCUGCCCAGACUCCGUGCUCAGAUCCUCAUCUACCCAGGCCUUCAGGCCCUGGACUUCAAUUUACCAUCCUACCAACAGAAUCGGGGAGUCCCUCUGCUCUUCCGGGAACGUGCUGCUUUCUUUGCUUUGCUGUACCUCAAUGGGGAUGCACUGCACAUGCAAGAGGUCUUGGAGGGUUCUCAUAUUCCUCCAGACAUGAGGCUGAAGUAUAGGAAGUGGGUGAGUCCAGACAACAUCCCUGAGGAAUUUAAGGUCAGAGGUGUGAAGCCGCUUAGGCCCACUGAUUUUAUAGCCGAAGUUUAUGAGACAGUGAAGAGAUUCUGUGAGCCCAACCUGUGCCCACUGCUGGCUGAAGACUCUGUUGUUCACCAGCUGCCAGAAUCUUUCAUCCUGACCUGCGAGUACGACGUGCUGAGGGACGAUGGCUUGUUGUACAAGAAGAGGCUGGAGGACAAUGGGGUUCGAGUGACCUGGUACCACCUUGAGGACGGAUUCCAUGGGAUCAUAAGCCUCUAUGAUUAUUGUGGCUUCUCAUUUCCAUCUGGGAAAAGAGGAUUGGACAGGGUUGUUAACUUCUUAAAAAGCUUAUAGUAAACAUCUUAGAUUCCAUGAGUCUGUUCAUGCCUCAACCUAGGAAAAUAUCUUUUUAGGAUAUUUAAUAUCAGGUUAUGGGUAGUGAAUCAGGGGCAGCCAUUAACAAUGAUAAACAAGGCUUAUCAGAACCUCAUUCCAGCUAUUCGUUGGAACAUGGAGUAUGCAAACCUUAUACAAGCUUGUACCAUGCUGCAAGCCCUUAUCUUUAGCUCUGCUAGUAAAGAACAGUUCUUUGAAUGGGCAUCCUGGUUUGUUCCAGUUGUUUAAAAAAAAAAAUAUCUGUGUGAAGAGAA